CUCAAGCCACCACCUCCACGAAUAUGAACAUUCUGCAGACCAGUCGUCAAAGGGUAAUAUCGGCACUUGACGUGGUAAAUCUGUGAAUUGACGUUUUUAUCCUUUGCCUCUAUAAAGCAUCUUCUCCGUUAUAACCUCACGGCGUCGCGCAUUUAGCGUUGCUUUGAAGUUCUCUCUCCUUCGCUUUCAAACUCCGUUCGUCGUCUCGCUCGUUGUUACGCGAUCUCUAGAGAAGAAGGGAUGGGGUUGUCUUUCGCCAAGCUGUUUAGCAGGCUUUUUGCCAAGAAGGAGAUGAGGAUUCUCAUGGUUGGUCUUGAUGCUGCUGGUAAGACCACUAUCUUGUACAAGCUCAAGCUCGGUGAGAUUGUCACCACCAUUCCCACUAUUGGGUUCAAUGUGGAAACUGUGGAGUACAAGAACAUCAGUUUCACUGUGUGGGAUGUCGGGGGUCAAGACAAGAUCCGGCCCUUGUGGAGGCACUACUUCCAGAACACUCAAGGUCUCAUCUUUGUGGUGGACAGCAAUGACAGAGACCGUGUUGUUGAGGCCAGAGAUGAACUGCACAGGAUGCUUAAUGAGGAUGAGCUGCGUGAUGCUGUUCUGCUCGUGUUUGCUAACAAACAGGAUCUUCCAAAUGCCAUGAACGCAGCUGAAAUCACUGAUAAGCUUGGUCUCCACUCUCUCCGUCAGCGUCACUGGUACAUUCAGAGCACAUGUGCCACUUCAGGCGAGGGGCUCUACGAAGGUCUUGACUGGUUGUCCAACAACAUUGCCGGCAAGGCGUAGAGGGAAGGUUCGUGGUUGAGUUGAUUUUGCUGAGCAAAUCUGGAUGCAGGGGCAAACAUUAUCUGAACUUUUUUUCUUUCCGGUUUUCUUAUUGUUCUGUGUUUUUUUUCGGGUAUGUGGAUUUGAUUUUGUGAUCGUUGUUUCUGAUUUGUGUAAGGAGAGGUCUCUUGUACGUAGAACAUAGAAAUUACCUUUUACUAUAGCUUGUAAUAUUGAAAGUUAUCUACUAUUUUCGUGGUCAUUGUU